GUCUUCAUUAGCUCCUAAAACAACCUUCGUUGUCUUUCAGCUAAUGGCGAUUUUUGAAUGGCGGCAGAAAAGACGGCCACUCGACGGCGGAGGAACUCGCCGCCGUCGUUUCUUCAGGCCAUUGUAUUCGCGAAAAUUCAAGAGAAUGUUUCUCUUUGCUGUGGCCUUCUUAGCUAUCUUCCCUCCUCUCUUCUUCCAUUUCAAGCUCCGACGAAUUCGUCAGAUUGUCGCGCAAAAGUGCGAUUGGCUUCACCAUCCUCCACUUGUCUGUGCUCACGGCGGCGAUUCAACCCUCGCUUUCCCAAACACUAUGGAUGCUUACAAUUUAGCUAUACGUUCUCGAGUUGAUUGCAUCGAAGUCGAUGUUUCACGUUCAUCCGAUGGUGUUUUAUUCGCUCUCCACAACAGGGAUCUGCAGCGUAUUGCUCUUAACUCUUCUGUUCAAGUUGGAGAUCUGAGUAUGAAACAGAUCAAGGAACUUGAUGUCUCACAAAUUGUUGACGGGACCUUGGUGAAUCGUAGGAUUCCUACUCUUGAAGAUGCUUUAGCGUUGAUAUCAAAUUCAGUCCGGCGAGUGAUUCUUGAUGCGAAAGUUGGACCGCCAAUGUAUGAAAAGGGAUUUGCACAAGACAUUCUUUCUGUUAUGGAGAGAGCGCAGUGCAAGAAUUGCAUCAUAUGGGCCAAAAGCGACACUUUGACUAGGGACAUAAUCAGACGAGCACCAUAUACUACGGUGGGAUACAUUGUGAUGGUAGAUCCUUUGACCGGGUCGAGAAACAGCCUGCUGAGAAUGAAGGGUGCUAGGGUUGUGGGAGUGUAUCAUCCUUUGAUUGAUGAAGAUUUGGUUAGAGUUGUGCGUCGGAGAAACAAAGAGGUGUAUGCAUGGACUGUGGAUGAUGCUGAUCCAAUGAAAAGGAUGCUUCACUUAGGUGUGGAUGCUGUUGUUACGAGCGAUCCAUCUAUGUUUCAAGGUCUCAUGGAAGAUCUUAGAACUGAGUGUCUUGAAGAAGGGUUUUCCAUACGGACAUAAUAAUCUUCUGGUUAGAGCAACAGAGAACUGAUAUUAGUUCCAUGUUUAGUUAGUUUAAGACCAACUUAGCUGUUUUUAUACGAUUCACCAAACUCAAGCAUUCUUAAAAAUUACAGUUUCAGCUCAGAAGUUUCUGAUAAAGUUCAAUAUCUUUCUGUU